ACAUUACCUCGCAACUUCAACACUAGGUACCUCUCGCUCUCACACGUACAAAUAUAAUAUAUAUAUAUAUAUAUAUAUAUAUAUAUAUAUAUAUAUAUGUAUGUAUAAUAUAUCUUUAUAUUUAUGUGCACUAAUAACACACUUCUCUGACAAUCCAACGUAAAGCACAUGACAGCAUUCAGUCACGCUUAUUAUAAAUAGAUAUCUAUAUGCACACGAGCAAUUAAAACACACACACAUACUCAUAAACAUGGGCACUUAACACACUCACAAUACACAUAUAUACACAAGCAAUUAACACACCCUCAAACACAUACACGGAUACUCGUCUAAAUAACACCUAAGUACACGUAGUUUAUGCAUACAUACGAGUAAAUUAGACAGAUUUUUAAUUAUAACUAGCCUGAUUGUCUCCUGUUCCUAUAUGAACAAAUAAUAAUAACAAUUAUUGUUAUUAAUAUGACCUAUUUAUGGUCAAACCAAUAUAUGAGUGAUAACCGUCCCAGCACGUCUAAACAAUAUCUUGACAAACGGAUUGACAGACAAAUAGAAGAACAAUAUACACAAGGAAGAACGGUCUUGGAGAAAAAUUAAACAUGUGUUAUUGUGUAUCAGUUAAUUGAUUAAUUAGUUAACAAGUUCGUUAAAUUGUAUAAUUCAAUCAUCUACCCCGAUCACAGACAGUUAUUGUGGCAUAUAUUAAAACGACUAUAAACAACGAAAAUGCCGCCUCAAAGCUUCUGUAACGCUAACAUGUACAAUGUUAUAAUUUUGGGGUUAUCCUUCAUGUUUAUCUUCACAGCAUUCCAGACCACGUCCAUGGUUCAGAAAACCGUUCUUCACAGUGCUUCAAACACCACGAGACAAGGCGAUGGUUACGUAAGUCUCGGUGUUAUCUACACAACGUUCGCCAUCUGCAACUGGAUCGCUCCUGUUAUUAUAUUCUUGUGUGGCACCAAAAUUUCUAUGAUAAUGGGUGGUGUCACAUAUCUACUGUUUAUCUUGUCUUUCCUGAAACCAAUAUAUUGGACUCUCUAUUUAGGAUCUGUCUUGAUAGGAUUUGGAGCAGCAGUCAUUUGGACAGCACAAGGAGCAUUUCUCACCAAUAACUCUAACUCAGAGACAAUGUCUAGGAACAGCGGAAUAUUUUGGGCUCUUUUACAGUGCAGUUUAUUAUGGGGUAACAUCUACACUUAUUUCACCUUCCAAGGAAAAGAGGUCAUCAGUUCCCAAAUGCGAUUACAGUUAUUUGCUGGUCUCAGCGGCGCCUGUGGACUUGGUGUCCUUCUCUUAUUUAUUCUCAGAUCAAAAGUUCCACCUCCACCAUUAUCCAGUGUUGAACCUUCCAGUGAUGAACCUUCCAGUGAUAAGACUGAGAGCAGUCCUGAGAACAUUGUGGGUGUCAAAAGUACAUUCUUGAGGGCAUUUCAAUUGUUCAAGAAUAAAGAUAUGCAACUGCUUCUCUUACCAUUUGUGUACACAGGAAUUGAACUGACGUUUUUCUCUGGUAUCUACGGCACAUGUCUUGCUAACAACAAACAUUUUGGGGAUAAGGCUAAUGGAUUGAUUGGAAUAUCAGGAAUGAUUAUUGGCAUUGGUGAAAUCCUUGGCGGUGGUAUUUUUGGUAUCUUCGGAAAAUGGACUCAACGUUUCGGCAAAGACCCUUUCAUAUUGUUGGGAUAUGUGGUUCAUGUAACAGCGUGUUACCUUGCUUUUAUAAAUUUACCACCUGACUCUGCACAAGUGGAAUCAAAUUCUUCUACAUAUUUAUCAUCAAGUAUUGCUGUAGCGUUAGUCUGUAGCUUUUUACUUGGAUUUGGUGAUAGCAUUUUUAAUACACAGAUAUUCGCUAUAUUAGGAACUGUAUUCCCAGAAGAUGGAGCACCUGCUUUUGCAUUGUACAAAUUCGCUCAGUCAAUUGCAGCUGCCAUCUCCUUCUUGUACAGUAUAGCACUUCCACUCCAAUGGCAGUUAUUCAUCAUAGUCAUCUUAGGUACAUUUGCUUCCCUCUCAUUUUUCAUAUUGGAAUGGAGUAUAUUUGGAAGGCUACCACGUUAUUAUGAAAUGUUGAAACAAGAUGAUGAAAAUGAAGCUGGUGGUAACGGUGACCAUGGUAAUGAUAAUGAUGACAUUGGUGAUGUUGAAGAUGACGAUGAUGACGACGACGACAAAGUUUUUGAUGCAGACCAAGAACAAGACCAACUGAUUAAUGAACACAAAAAUUAAUGAAAUGUUUAACUAAUGAAACAAUAUUAUGAAAAUUUGGUGGUGAAGUUGUUUUUAUAUGAUUUCAAUAUAUGUAAAGCAUGAUCACUCUUCAAUUAAAAUCAUUAAUUAUCUACAGUAAAGGCAUGAACACCAGACAUUCACUCUGCCUGUACUUUAUAAAUACGUGACUUUUAAGACAAGACAAAACAUAAACUCAUUCAAAAUGACUGAGAACGAGAACAAAAAAAAACAUUAAAUAAAAGAAAGACUGGAAAGAAAA